GGUGUGGGCAGGGAGGAGGAGGAGGCGGGAGGCCGGGCCGGGCCGGGCCGGCGGUGGUGCUGCUGCGGCGGCGGAGCAGUGGGUGCCCGGCGGGAGGCCGGGGCGAACGGCCGCCGCCAUGAAGAAGCAGUUCAACCGGAUGAAGCAGCUGGCUAACCAGACCGUUGGCAGGGCUGAGAAAACAGAGGUACUCAGUGAAGACCUGUUGCAGAUCGAGAGACGUCUUGACACUGUGAGAUCUGUUUGCCAUAUUGCACAGAAGCGAUUAAUUGCCUGUUUUCAGGGCCAGCAUGGUACAGAUCCUGAUAAGAGACAUAAAAAACUUCCUCUAACAGCUCUUGCUCAAAAUAUGCAAGAAGGAUCUGUCCAGCUAAGUGAUGAAACUCUGUUGGGGAAAAUGCUAGAUACAUGUGGUGAUGCAGAGAAUAAGCUGGCAAUGGAGCUCUCUCAGCAUGAAGUACAGAUAGAAAGAGAAGUUCUGGAUCCACUGUGUCUACUGACAGAGACAGAGAUCCCAAACAUUCAGAAGCAGAGGAAACAGCUUGCAAAGCUGGUGUUGGACUGGGAUUCUGCAAGAGGAAGGUAUAAUCAAGCCCACAAGACUUCAGGAACAAAUUUUCAAGUGCAUCCUUCAAAAAUAGAAUCUCUUAAGGAAGAGAUGGAUGAAGCUGGAAAUAAAGUAGAACAAUGCAAGGAUCAACUAGCAGCAGACAUGUAUAACUUUGUGUCCAAAGAAGGGGAAUAUGCUAGAUGUUUUGUUAUGUUAUUAGAAGCACAAGCAGAUUACCAUAGAAAAGCAUUAGCAGUCAUAGAAAAGGUCCUACCCGAAAUUCAAGCCCAUCAAGACAAAUGGACUGAAAAACCAGCUUUUGGAACUCCAUUAGAAGAGCAUCUCAAGCGCAGUGGUCGUGAAAUUGCAGUCCCUAUUGAAGCCUGUGUAAUGAUGCUUUUGGAAACGGGAAUGAGAGAGGAGGGCUUAUUCAGAAUUGCUGCUGGAGCCUCCAAGUUAAAAAAGCUGAAAGCUGCCUUGGACUGUUCAACUUCCCAGCUUGACGAAUUUUAUUCUGAUCCCCAUGCUGUUGCAGGUGCCUUGAAAUCCUAUUUGCGAGAGUUGCCAGAACCUUUAAUGACCUACAGUCUGUAUGAAGAAUGGACACAAGCUGCAAAUAUUCAGGACCAGGAUAAGAAGCUACAAGAGUUAUGGAGAAUUUGUAACAGAUUACCUAAGCAUUAUCAUGCUAAUUUCAGGUAUUUAAUCAAAUUUUUAGCAAAGCUUGCACAGAACAGCGAUAUUAACAAAAUGACACCCAGCAAUGUCGCAAUAGUCUUGGGCCCCAACUUGUUAUGGGCAAAGAAUGAAGGAUCCCUUGCUGAAAUGGCAGCAGCAACUUCAGUCCAUGUGGUAGCAGUUAUUGAGCCAAUUAUUCAGCAUGCAGACUGGUUCUUCCCUGGAGAUCAAGAUUUCAAUGUGUCUGGGGCAUUUGUUGCAAUUCCUGCUGUUAAUUCAAAUCACUUGUCAUACACUGGGAAUGAAUAUGAAUCUGGGACACUGGAACGGAAGAGGCCUGUUAGUAUGACUGUAAUGGAAGGGGAUUUAUUGAAGAAGGAAAGCUUUGGUGUCAAGGUUAUGGACUUCCAAGCGAAUCCUCGGAGAUGUGGCACUAUAAAUAGAAAGCACACAUCCCCAGCUUUCCAGCCACCACUUCCACCCACGGAGGCUGGCGUGUUGGCUCAGUCUGGAGCGGAGCAGCACUCACAAGUUUCUGUGGCUGAAACAAGCCCAGUGGGUGCUGGUUUUGCUCUCUCUGCUGGCACAGCAGAACAGUUACAAAGUCAAGGAAAUGAAGAUGUCAGUACCUCAAAAUCUAAGGACAACACAUCUUCAGCUACUCCUCCACCGGUGAGAAAUGGCGCGCAUGCAGGCGCUGUCCAGAACCAGUCAACAAGUAGCACUAAUCAGCUUUCUGUUAAUCAGCCACAGAAUGCGGCAGGUCCCAGUCCCCAUUCAAUGAGGAGAGCUGUUAAAAAGCCUGCGCCAGCCCCUCCCAAGCCAGCCAACCCACCGCCAGGGCAGCCAGGAAGCCAAAGUUCUGCCCCAGCUGUUCAGCCACCUUCUGUCUCUCCAAAACCACCUGCUAGAAGUUCUUCUCCUCCUGCUCAACAUGCAAACCAAGGAGCAGCCCAGACCUCCACUUCCCAGGUUUCUGCACCUCGGAGAUAUUCCAGCAGCCUUUCCCCAAUACAAGCUCCCAGCCAUCCACCACCACAGCCCCCAACACAGGCUACUCCUCCACUGCAACCCAAAUCAAACAGUCAAGCAUCUCCUCCUGCUGCACCCAGCAGUGAGCAUGGACCAGAGCAGCCCUGUUACACUCCUCCGCAGACUCCAACACCACCCGAUACACCCCCUCUAGGAAAACAUAAUACUAGUUCCCCAUCGCCACAGCCAUCUACUCAAGAAACCUCCCAGUCUCACUCUCCACCUCAGAGUGGUACACUGCCAAGGCCACGGCCAGUACCAAAACCCAGAAAUAGACCUAGUGUUCCCCCUCCACCUCAUCCUCCUUCUCAGCUGGCUGGAGAUGGUAUUAUUGCAAAUCCCACGCAAACAUCUUCCAAAAUAGUAACAGGUGGGGAUGGUUACUGCGAAUAAGAUGUUUGACCUGCAUUCAGUAGGAACUGUAUUGGAAAGUUCAAUGGAAACGCACCAGAAAUACACUAGUGAAUGAGAUGUCACUGUCCAGACUGCUAAACUUGCUAUUCCAUUUUUUGUGCAGACUCUAAUUCCAGUAUUCAAGAACCACUUCAAAACCCUUCUUCAGAGCUUCUGACAGAGACAGCAAGCAAAGAACUGCACAACCACCUCAUGCUUGAUAUUGACAAUGAUACGGAAAGCACUGCUCUGUAAUGGAAACUCUCAAACUUUUUAAAGGUUCCUCUCCUGGUGGGAAAACUGACAGAGCUAACAGUGAAAAGCUUCUUUUGACGAUAUGGCAAAACUGUGUAGAGUUGUGACUUGUGCAUCAUGGAGGAAGUGAUUUAGCCAUUCAGAAGAAGUUUAAUGAUCUGUGUCUCAACAAUGGUUUUCAAAAUCUUGGAUGGAAGGAAUUAAUUACUGCAGAAACUUGCAUAGGAAGCAUAAUUGCUGCUAAUACAGAUGGUAUUAGCAGAAAUUCCAAAAGAAUAAGAAGCAGAACAUUAGUUAUUUAAAGUGCAUGUAUUAUGGAAAUAAUCUUUUUAAUGUCACGGUUAGACUUUUAUUUCUAGUUCUUAGACGUUACAAAGAGAUGCCUUGCAAGAGACAUUCCCUCACUGAUUUGCUGCAGAUUCUUUUUAAAACAUGAACCAAAAAAUGCCAGAGUGCUGGUGGUGACUGCUGGUUAUCAGUCACCUUGUCAAAACUGUGGAUGUAUUCUAGUGCCUUGAAGGACUGUCAUACUGUAGAAGGAAACUUACUGUAUCUUUAAUCAUUUCAUUGCUACUUAAUGAUCAGUACUUAAUACUUAUUUCAUAGUUAUUUGUAUUAACCAAGCCUGCUUUUGUUUAUGUGAAACUUGCAACUGUUUCAAGAUGAAACUGUGGAAGUGGUUUUUGCGCUUUUAUUGAAAACAGUUGAAUUUUGAAAGACCUUUGAAACACCUGUUUGGAUUCGUCAGUUGGGUGAACAUUUAUAAAAUUAAAGAUUGUCUUUUGUCAA